UGGAUAAAAACAUUUUACAAUAAUAUAACUAGUAGUAUAUUGAACAAUGGCCAUGCAACGUCAAUGCUUAACAUUCACAGUGGAGUCAGACAAGGGUGUUCACUUUCCCCAUACAUUUUUAUAAUGUGUGCAGAAAUAUUUGCGAUAGUAAUUCGUAACAACACAAAUAUAAAACCUCCCAAAAUACCAAAUUUUAACCGUAAAAUUUCCCAGUUUGCCGAUGUUUCUCGACGGAACGUAUAA